AUGUCGUUGAUGAACAUCGCCAAAAAAGGGUGGCAUCCAGAGAAAGAAGGGACAACGUUCAAGAAGCAGGUGACUGGCCUAUGGAGGAAGGAGGAGGCGGAGGACCCAAAGGACCAUGUAUCGCGUCCGCUCUCGCAGUUGAAGGACCCGGCCUCAUUCGGCCCACCACCCAGGCACGUCGCGGCCGGAGGAUCACCAGUGGUCGCUACCAGCCAGAACCCUCCAGCUUACACAAGCCGCGUGUCUCCUGCCUUGCCUUCAAGGUCACAGCCUUCGGGUACUACGCCGUACGCUCAGGCAGCCCCGGAGCCAGAGGAAGAAGAGGAGCGGGAGCCGGUCCCUUAUCGCGUCGACACGACCGGCUUGUCGACCUCACAUCUGCCGCCGCCGCCGGUCAGGAGAGACGGCGCGGAUGGCCGCACUCCAUCUCCCCAAGCAGCAAUGGCAGCUCGGCCAGGCCCGCCGCCCAGUCUACCGCCGAGGCUGCCCCCUCGCGCACCAUCCAACGCAACGUCGGGCUCAACCUCGCCUGUUCGGAGCCCGGCCCCGGAGGCCUCUCGGCAAGGUUCAUAUUUCAACCAGGCAGCCGUCAAGAACCUGGGCAACGCCGGCAUAUCCGUUCCUGGCCUGGGAAUCGGCAAGUCGUCAGGACAAGCGCCGGCACUGCCAGGCCGCACUCCAUCGUCUGAGAGCACCGGCAGCUCGUCGCGUUUCGGUGGCGCGGCAACAGCAACUCAUGUCAACGAACUGCAAUCACGCUUCUCCAAGUUGGGCACCUCGUCAUCCCCAUCGGCUGCGCCGCCAUCAGAAGGUACCAGCUUUGCGCAGAAACAGGCGGCGCUGCAGACGGCCUCCAACUUUCGCAAGGACCCUAGUUCCGUAUCGGUCGCCGAUGCAAGGUCUGCCGCGUCUACUAUGAACAAUUUUCGACAGCGUCAUGGUGACCAAGUCGCCGCCGGAGUGAAAAGUGCGAAUAGCUUGAACCAAAAGUAUGGCCUGAGUGACAGAUUAGGUAGUUCUGUCCCCGGAAGCGCAACAAGUCCUACACACGCAACCUCACAAGACACGAGCAACUCCAGCACAAGCCCGGCAGCGAUGUUGGCAGCCGUCAAGAAAAAGCCGGCUCCUCCACCCCCAAAGAAGAAGCCGGGUUUGGCUGCGGCUGCAGCAUCGGGGCAGGGAUCAGAUGGGGGGCCUCCGCCGGUGCCAGUCUCGACAAGACCGCAAUUUUAA